UGAUAUUCAAUCAAGCCUUCCACUCUUUCUAUCUGACAACACGAUUCGCAAUGCAUAUCUUGGUUGUGAACGACGACGGUCCUCCGUCGAACCAAUCGUCGCCCUACAUUCAUGCUUUCAUCCACUCGCUACAGUCGGCUGGGCACGUUGUCUCAGUAGUGCUACCGCAUCAGCAACGAUCAUGGGUCGGUAAAGCUCACACAAUUGGCGCCUCCGUCAAGCCGACCUACUUCCGCCCUGGAACGCUCUUUCAAGACGAUGGGACUGUCCACGACUUACCGCGAAACGAAGAAGAUGGAGAUGGAGAUGAAUGGGUUUUGAUUGAUUCGAUGCCAGCCACCUGUACGCAGCUCGGCCUCUACCACUACUUCCAAGAACGUGGGCCAGUAGAUAUCGUCGUGUCUGGGCCCAACUACGGCCGGAAUACCACAACACUCCUCGCCCUGUCUAGCGGUACAAUCGGAGCUGCCAUGGAAGCUGCUGUGUGCGGAAAGCGUGCUAUCGCACUAUCUUACGCCUUCAACUCACGUAUUCACGACCCAGCCAUCAUUGGAGAGGCCUCGCGCCAUUCAACUCGAUUGAUCGAAUAUCUGUGCAGUAACUGGGCGGAGGGAGUCGAUCUCUACACCGUGAAUGUGCCUCUUGAGGCUGGUGUCAGCGAUACAAAGAUCCUGUACACAGAAAUGCUUGACAAUCGGUGGCCAGGUAGCUGUUUCCAAGCGGUGGAUCCUGAAGUGCCCGAGGAGACUCCCGAGGCGCAGGAAAAACGACUGCGCGACCAAGGCGAGAAAGAGGGAACUACACCUUCUGUCCCUGCGGAGGGAACUAAUAGAAGGCCAUCUCGUAUUCAACACAAACAUUUCAAGUGGUCGCCUAAUUUCCCAGAAGUGUUCAAAGGCGUACAGGUGAGUAAGCCAGGGAAUGACGGUUGGGCUGUUAAAGAGGGGUUUACGAGUGUUACACCUCUGAGGGCGAACUUCAUGCGUACACCCGGUAUCCAGGGGGAGAUCAAGCUGCCAGGUAAUGAAGCUAAGGUCUACUCUCUUGUCGACUGCGAUGAGUCCUACGUCCAAAAUUUGAUGAAACAAGCACUACAAAGCCGUCUGGGAGCAAAUCGUUGUCGAGAAGUGUCUUCCUUGUCAGACCUCCCGGAUUCUUCCGCGCCCGUUUUCCAGUAUCGCGAGUACGAACGCCUGGACUUCGAGCAUAUCAUGAUGAACUCCUCCACAUCACUCUCGAAUGCAUAUGUCAUCCGCAAGGCAUUGAUCCGCAAACAUUACUUGUCCACCACGGUGGCCAGCUGGAUCUCGAAACACCCGGGUAGUAUUUUGCGAAAACAUUUCAAACCCGGGUUCGACUUUGAACUGGACUAUGCGGAAUUCCUUGAUGACGCCUUGCUAGAGGCAUACGAAUUGCGCGACAGCUUGGAGAAGAAUGAGGAGAGACCCGACUCAGAAAAGGAAUGGUGGAUUCUGAAGCCAGGCAUGAGUGAUCGUGGACAAGGUAUCCGCCUCUUCAACAGCGAGGACCAACUGCGUGAGAUAUUUGAAGAGUGGGAGGAGGACUCCGAUGAUGAGAGUGGGUCAGAGCGGCCUGAGGAUGAUGAUGACGAUAACAAAGGCGUGGUCACUUCUCAAUUGCGCCAUUUCAUUGCUCAGCCAUACAUUGACCCCCCUCUUCUCCUCCCGUCUUCAUCCAACCGCAAGUUCCAUAUUCGCACCUAUGUUCUCGCUGUGGGAUCCUUGAAGGUUUACGUUUUCAAGGAGAUGUUGGCCCUGUUCGCUGCAAAGCCUUACUGUCCACCUUGUGAGGACGAAGAUGAGGUGGCAGACCUUGCUAGACAUCUGACCAACACCUGUUUCCAGGAAGGUGGUAGUUCUAACGAGGGAAGUGUCCAGCGGUUCUGGAAGCUGGAUCCUUAUGUUCCUGGGCUUAGCAUUGACUGGAAAGACCAGAUCUAUGACCAGAUCUGCGGCAUCACUGGUGAAGUGUUUGAGGCUGCCGCUAGGGGAAUGAUGAUUCAUUUCCAGACGUUGCCCAAUGCUUUUGAAUUGUUCGGCGUGGACUUUUUGGUGGACAAGGAUGGUAGCGCUUGGCUACUUGAGUUGAAUGCCUACCCAGACUUUGCCCAAACGGGAGAAGAACUCAAGGAGCUUGUCGUUGGCCGUCUUUUCGAAGAGACCGUCGAUGUUGCUGUCAAGCCAUUUUUCGGUGACAAGACGUCCGCAGAAGGAACCAGCCACAUGCGUCUAGUGGCUGAUCUCGACCUUGGUAGGAAAUCCUGAAGAUGAUGAAUCUUGUGAUAUAUUGUCACCUACCUGGUCUGUAUCAAUGGUACAUAUAUUGCAAUCUAGGUAGAAUAUCAUAGGAGUUGGCAGCAAAAAUGGGUAUAGGAGUGCAAAAGUUGGUCUGUUAUUUUAUUGCGAAGUUAUUCACCUAUAUGGUUGUACAUAGCUCUAAAAGUGCUCUUGGAUAUCAUGUUAUUAAAUAGAAAUCUCUUGGA